CUGGGCUUUACUCAGUGCCAACAUGGUAACUGAAAAGAUAAGAAACCGAAAUGGUCACGCACCAACCUCGUUUUCCCUUGGUCUCUAGGAAUCAGCAUAGCCAAAGUUUGACAUACUUGAUGUGACCUACAGCCCCACUUCAUUCGUCGGCAUGCACGUGCCGACUGCGGUGCUCGAUAUAGGAGUAUCUGGGGCUACUAGGUCAGUUCCCUCUUUAUUCUCAACUUCCACCAUCUCAUGUCUUACUUUGACGAGGAUUCAUACCGUCUUCCAGAAGGUGUAAAGCGGAUUGCGUAUGAUGCUGACACCCAGAAGUACACUUUCCGCGACCAAUCCGGUCAACUUUACCAGAAUUCCUCGGGAGAGAAAUAUGGCGUCCUGAAACCUGUAUCAGCACCCGCCACUCCUCGUCGCAGGGUGACCAUAACAGAACGCAGAGACCCUGCCCUCAUCCGUGCUCGCUCUGUCAAGCGCCUCGCAAAGACUUUCGACGAUUUCCUCCCCCCAGAAUACAUCACCAACGCAGAGGACUCAAGUUCUGCGCCCGACUCUCCCAUUCAAGAUAUCGCGCGGAUGACCCGGAGUAGUACGCUAUCAAAGAUCCGAAGGGGUUCGGAGGUCGCGCGUCCUCGGGAAAGUUCACCUCGCGGGUGGGAGGAUGAUGAGAAACGCCACUUGCUCGACGAUCACACUUCCAGUCCCGCAUCGUAUGCGACUUGUGAAGGUGAUGAGAAAGAGUUGAGUCGCUCGAAUUCUACUGCAUCGUCCUUUCUGUCAUUGCCUAUUAUCGAUACACACAUUAGUUUUGAAUGAUUCAUCCGGUAUGAAUUUAAUUACUACCUUCGUAUGAGUUGAAACCACUGUACUGGACUUGUAUGUAGAACCACUGGACAAUUUUUUGAAGUGGUGGACAAACCAAAGCUCAUUCAAUGGACCUGGCGCUGAUGCGUUGUCCCGCUCAGUAAGUUGGCAGACACGUUAGCCUCAACUGUAC